AUGGUUGUCGUUGCAGUGCUGUCGUGCGGCGAGGCGGGCGGCGGCGCGCGGGCCAAGCGCUACGUGGGGCUGUACACCGGGCCCUACUUCGACCCGUCCGCGCCCAACAACAUCACCACGCAGCUCGGCACUCACGCCUACCUGCCCUGCAAGGUUCGGCAGCUGAGCAACAAGUCGGUGUCGUGGAUCCGGCGCCGCGACGCGCACAUCCUCACGGUGGACCGCUUCACCUUCAUCGCCGACGAGCGCUUCCAGGCCUUCCUGGUCGAGGCCACCGACACCUGGACCCUGCAGGUGAAGUACGUGCAGGCGCGCGACGCCGGCGUGUACGAGUGCCAGGUCGGCACCGAGCCCAAGAUGAGCCACUUCGUGCAACUCAACGUUGUUGUGCCAAAGAUCGAGAUCAUCGGCGAGUCGGACAUGUACGUGAAGGCGGGCACGACGGUGUCGCUGAAGUGCGUCAUCACGCAGGCGCUGGAGGAGCCGGCCUACAUCUUCUGGUACCACAACGACGAGCGCGUGCUCAACUACGACAAGAGCCUCGUCGAGAUCCGCAUGGAGCGCGUCGCGCCCGACACCACGGUGGGUAACCUGAUCAUCUACAGCCCGCGGCGCGAGGACUCGGGCAACUACUCGUGCUCGCCCUCCAACCUCGACUCCGCCUCCGUCGUGCUACACGUGCUCAGCGGCGAGCAGCCGGCGGCCAUGCAGCACGGCAACGGCGCGGCGCGCGCGCCCGCUGACGUCACGCUGGCGCUGGCCGCGCUGGCCGCCGCGCCGCGCGCGCUGCUCAGGCUACUGGCGCUCGGCGCGCUCGCUCUCUUGUUCCUUGUGCUGUGUCACGAUGAGGACGUGGUUGUGGAACGCAAAUAGCGGACCGCGCGGUCGGGGCCGCCCCCCGCGCGUUGAUGCUCCGCGAGCGCCGCCGCGGGCCCGGGCCCCGGGACUGCGGGCCCGGACCGC